AUCAAUCCGUCUCUGGUGCGUGAGCGCGCGCGGCAAUUCUGAUCGGCGCGCGGAUGAUGGUGAUGAUGAGAGCGUGACCUCACUGUUUUCUGCACAGCUGCUGGAGACACACAAGCUCGCGCACACACAGAGAGAGAGAGAGAGAGAGAGAGAGAGGGUGGGGGGACAGAGACACGUUGAGGGAGACAGAGAGGUACAGAAGAGCGGAGAACAUUCACAGCACGGGGGUAAACUGCUCGGAGUCGGUCGUGAGGCGUCCGCUCGGCUGCCUCCCAGAAUGUUCUGCGCCCCCGGUUCAUUUCCAAGGUACACGAACCAGUCGCUGCGGCGUCCCCACGGACACUGAAGCCCAGAUGAUCACCCUCUCUGCCGACAUGGACGAGUCUUCGUCGCUGCUGGAUCUGCUGGAGUGCUCGGUGUGCCUGGAGCGCCUGGACACCACGGCCAAGGUGCUGCCGUGCCAGCACACCUUCUGCCGCCGCUGCCUGGAAAAUAUCGUCAGUUCCCGGAACGAGCUGCGCUGCCCGGAGUGCCGCAUCCUGGUGGACUGCGGGGUGGACGACUUGCCGGCUAACAUCCUUCUGGUUCGCCUUCUUGACGGUAUCAAGCAGCGGCCCCAGCGAGGGAGCGGAGGAGGAGGAGGAGCAGGCGGCAGGCAGUCCCUGGCCGGGGGCUCGCUGCAGGGCUACGCAGCCGGGAUAUCCGCUUCUCCCACGGGCAGUGCGAUCAGAGAUCUGCCUGUAGCCACCAGGAGCUCCCCUGUUAAGAAUAUCCCAGCGCUGCCUUGUGGUAAAGCCCUCUACUCCUACGAAGGAAAAGAACCAGGCGAUCUCCAAUUUUCCAAGGGCGACAUCAUCAUCCUGCGACGCAAGGUCGAUGACAACUGGUACCACGGGGAGCUCAACGGUUGCCAUGGUUUCUUGCCCGCGAGUUACAUCCAGUUGCUGCGUCCGCUGAGCCAAACUCCACCCCAGGGUAAAGCGCUGUACGACUUUGAGGUCAAAGAUAAAGACCAGGAUAAAGACUGUCUGGCCUUCAGCAAGGAUGAGGUGCUGACUGUAAUCAGACGAGUAGAUGAGAACUGGGCAGAAGGCAUGCUGGGAGACAAGAUUGGCAUCUUCCCCAUUCUCUAUGUGGAGUUAAAUGAAACAGCCAAGCAGCUGAUGGAGAUCGACAAGCCCACGUCAACCAACGCUCCAGGUCCGAGCUCUGAGCCAGCCCCGUUGGGCCCCUGCGUCCCUGGCCCAUCCCCCUGUGCCUCCCCGUCCAAUGGAAACGGAUCUGGCCAUCGCAGAGGUGAAGGGAAGAAAAACGCCAAGAAGAGGCAUUCGUUCUCUGCGCUGUCUGUCAGCCAGAGGGCCGCCCAGCUCAACAACAGACACAGUAUGGAGAUCUCCCACCCAGUCCUCAUCAGCUCCUCUGAUCCCAGGGCUGCUGCACGCAUCCAGGAUUCAUCUCACCCGGGUCCCUCUCCCUCCUCGGCAGGGGUAUUGGUGCCCCCUAAAGUGGCGUCCAUAACCUCUGAGCUGCUGGCCCAUGCCAAGGUGCAGCUGCCACUCAACAUAUAUCUGGCUCUGUACGCCUACAAGCCCCAGAAAGCUGACGAGCUUGAACUUCGGAAAGGGGAGAUGUAUCGGGUGACAGAGAAGUGUCAAGAUGGGUGGUUCAAAGGCACCUCGCUGAGAACUGCUGCCUCAGGUGUCUUCCCAGGAAACUACGUCACCCCCGUGUCCAGAGCUCCAUUUGGAGCUGGUGCUUCCCGGAGCUCGUGUUUGUCCAGUCCAGUAGGUGGAGGAGGAGGAGGAAGUGGGUGCAGUCAGGUGGGGAGUAAAAUGUCCGACCCUUCGUCCCCAGGGUCCCCAGGGCCCUCUUCGUCUCGUCCCUCCACCCCUCUGGUAAUCUCAGCCAACUCCGUGAACACCAUCAGUCCCGCCUCCUCGCCACAAACUGCCGCCGCCCAGCUGAAGAACUGCCUGCGCUCCAGUCAACAUACGGUUAACCAGGCGCGCACCUCAAUGCAGCUGGUCCACAGUCCUCCUGCUGGAAGUCCAGAGCGCCCGACGAUGGUCAUCUCCCCGCUGCGUCCUCAGAGUUCAUCCCCCUCACGCUGCCCUAGCCAGUCGGGUCGUCCUCUCUCCAUGGUAUCCCCGGGCCCCAGCUUAGGGCCCUCACCUCUCUCUUCCCCCGCCUCCCGGCCCCUCCUUCCCCUCUCCUCCCCUCUCUCCUGCCUCACGCCUCCUAACGUUUCAGCGGUGCUCCUCAACGGGGAGCCAGCCAGUCCCCUGCAGCCGCCAUUGCCGGGCCCCUCUCACGCCCCCAGCCAGGGCGCCCUCGCGCCCAAAGCAGAGAAGAAGGAGAGGAAAGCAGGAGGUUUAUUAAAGCUCUUGUCGGGGGCGGCAGCCAAGAAGAAACCUCGCUCACCUCCGUCCUCCCCGCCAACCCACGACCCGUCAUUGGCCGGCCAAGGCGCCGUGGCCACAGACCCAGCCCACCAUCCGCACCACCACCACCACCACGCCCGCUCAGGUUCUUGUCCAAUGGCAUCACAGGGGCGAGCUGGCUCCUGUCCUAUCGAGAGUGAUAUGGCAGGGGCCAUAGGACUGGAGCCUCUGCACAGGAAGUCCGGCUCACUGGACACCAAUUUCCCCAGGUCACCCCCGGCAACACGUGCUGGCAACGCUCUGAUGGUCCUCCGGCCUGAACCCAAACCGCUGUCCAGAGAGAGGUAUCGUGUGGUGGUGCCCUACCCGCCACAGAGUGAGGCUGAGAUCGAGCUGCGGGAAGGGGACGUGGUGUUUGUCCAUAAGAAGAGGGAGGACGGCUGGUACAAGGGCACCCUGCAGAGGACAGGACAGACCGGCCUGUUUCCCAGCAGCUUCGUCGAGAGCUUCUGAACUGGAAAAAGUGGACAAAAAAACACACUGUUCCUGUUUCUGAGUCACAAAACACACACUACAUUCAUACACAGGGGAUGGACCGACAUUGGUUACACUUUUGAAUUAAAGACAAACAAAAAAGAAACUUGCUUUAAGGAACUGCUCACCCUUGUAAAAAGAGAAUUGUAGUUCCCCAAAAUAGUCAAGAAACACUGGAAUUUUAGGUAUGAAAAUAAUCAAAAUAAAAGCUACUGACUAAUGGCACAAAAACAUAAUUAGUAGUAGCCAUCUCCAGAAACCAACAUCGGUCCUGCGAAUUCAAACACACAUACACACACACACACACAUACAGGAAAGCUAACCUCGGUUUUGACCAGCCACACAGGAAGCAGGGCAGCUUUUCCCGUCAUUUGUCCCCCGGGGACAGCGUUUGGGGUAAGAGAGUCUUCACCAAAUUGGUCAUCCGGACUCCUUGAUGUUGACUACUGAGACCACAUGGACUCCAACAGCAGAGAAAGGCGAACUCUGCCUCCCCGUUCUCCUCCUUGGCAUCAUCCACCAGCAAACGCUAGCACACAAAGCAUUAGCUCUGCUUUCCACUGAGACCUCAGAACUUGAAUUCGGGUGCUUUCUUUGUUUGAAAAGUGAAGAUUCAUUGCCAGGUGAUGAGGGAAGUGUGUAAGCCUACACUCCAGGAUCAUUGUAAGCACACUUCCAUGUCUAGUUUGUGACAACAAGCUCAUGUGUUUCUUAUUCAGCGCGAUAUAUGUUAAUAACGAUGCAUGUAGCAUUAUUAUGUUUUUUUCUCUCUCUCUUUCUUUCUCUCUCUCUCUCUCUCUAUAUAUAUAUGUUGAAAUAGAUGUUUGUGUUGUCCCAAACUAGUCAUGCUGUGAUGACCAGUCACAGGAAUUUUAAUUUAAAAACAAAUGGUGCAAAAAGUAAAAUGUGAAUUAGGCGAUUAAUUUUUCUAUUUAUAUAUCUAAAAUAAAUUUAUACACCCAUUUUCUUAAA